AUGGCAGCAUUUCUUUUGUUACGAGAACAGUUAGUUGGAGUGCGUGCGAUUUGUCGCGAAAGGGUAUUUAGAGACCGUCUGCAUCCACUGGAUGAAUAUGACGAUGUUGAGUUGUACCAGCGUUACCGAUUUGACCGUCAAACGAUUUUGGAAUUGAUAGAUGUUGUCGGAGAUGAACUCGAUCCCAUCACCCUACGAAACCACGCAUUGCCAAGGGAAUUGAAGGUUUUAGCAGCUUUACGCUUUUAUGCUACCGGAUCGUUCCAGUUGACUGUAGGCGACACAGUACACGUCUCACAGCCAACUAUGAGCCGUGUAGUUACCCAAGUUACAGCCGCUUUGCUCCCUUUACUGCCAAGAGUCGUGCAAUUUCCAAGGAAUCAAGAUAUUCCCAAUAUGGUUGAUGAGUUCCAUGAGAUUGCCAAUUUUCCCGGAGUUAUUGGCCUAGUAGACGGAACGCACGUGUGGAUUUUGGGCCCCACCCAACACGAGUGGCGAUAUGUCAACCGGAAGAACUAUACGUCAAUAAACACCCAAGUAGUGAUGGAUGCAAGAUACAGAUUUAUCAAUGUAGUUGCAAGAUGGCCAGGAAGUACACAUGAUUCCGUUAUUCUAAGAGAAAGUGGCCUUGCAACUAUAUGUGAGGAACGAAAUGGCGAGGAACUGCUUUUAGGCGAUCGUGGAUAUCCCGUGCGACCAUGGCUGAUGACGCCAUUUCUUAAUCCAAAUACGCCACAGCAACGGAGGUACAACAGAGCCCACAAGAGAACAAGGUGCUUGGUUGAAAGAGGAAUCGGCCAAUGGAAAAGACAAUUCCAUUGCUUACAUGGGAUGUUGAGGCACACACCACAGAAAUGUUGCGAAAUCAUUGCUGUCUGCGCCAUUCUCCACAAUCUUGCAAAAGACAGAGCUUUACCAGAUUUUGAUGAAGAACCAAUUGAACACCGCCCACAACCAUUAGUCGACCCAGCAAACGUGAUUGUUUUGCCAGACAGGAUCAAUGGGGCUGGAAGAAGAGAUCAAAUUGUCAAUACCCGCUUCAGAUAA